GGUCAAAGAUUCUGCUCGGCCCGCGGUGCGGGGGAUAAAGCCGUGCGGAGGGCUGGGAGGCUGCGCAGAAGCCCAUAGGUCUGUGCUCGCUGCUCCAAGCCACAGACUCAGGAAGAUGAGGCUUGCCGUCCGCGCCCUGCUGGCCUGCGCGGUCCUGGGGCUGUGUCUGGCUGUCUCCCCUGAGAAAACUGUGAGAUGGUGCACUGUCUCAAAUCAUGAAGCCAGUAAGUGCUCCAGUUUCAGCGAAAAUAUGAAAACGGUCCUUGAGACUGGUCCCUUUGUCAGCUGUGUGAAGAAAACCUCCUACCUUGAGUGCAUCAGGGCCAUUUCGACAAAUGAAGCAGAUGCUGUGACAUUGGAUGCAGGUUUGGUGUUCGAGGCGGGCCUCCACCCCUACAACCUAAAGCCUGUAGUGGCAGAGUUCUAUGAGUCACAAGAUGAUAAAAAAACCCACUAUUAUGCUGUGGCUGUGGUGAAAAAGACCAGUGACUUCAAUCUGGACCAGCUCCAAGGCAAGAAAUCCUGCCACACAGGCCUUGGCAGGUCUGCUGGGUGGAACAUCCCCAUGGGCUUACUUUAUUGGAAGUUGCCUGAGCCACGUGACUCUCUUCUGAGGGCAGCGUCCAAUUUCUUCAUGAGCAGCUGUGUUCCCUGUGUGGAUCGGACAACCUUCCCCCAACUGUGUCAACUGUGUGUGGGAAAAGACACAGAAAAGUGUGCCUGCUCCAACCAUGAACCAUACUUCGGCUACUCAGGUGCCUUCAAGUGUCUGAUGGAUGACGCUGGGCAAGUGGCCUUUGUCAAGCACUCCACAGUACUGGAGAACCUGCCAAACAAAGCUGACAGGGACCAGUAUGAGCUGCUCUGCCGGGACAACUCCCGGAAGUCAGUGGAUAGAUAUGAGGACUGCUACCUGGCCAGGGUUCCUUCCCACGCUGUUGUGGCCCGAAGUGUGGGGGGCAAGGAGGACUUGAUCUGGGAGCUUCUCAACCAGGCCCAGGAACAUUAUGGCAAAGACAAAUCUACAGCCUUCCAGCUCUUCAGCUCAACUUUGGGGAAGGACCUGCUGUUUAAGGACUCUGCCCAAGGGCUUUUAAGGAUUCCCCCUAAAAUGGACACCUGGCUGUACCUGGGAUAUGAGUAUGUCACUGCUCUUCGGAAUCUAAGGGAAGAUAUGCGCUCUGAUACCUCAAAGGAUGAAUGCAAGAAGGUGAAAUGGUGUGCAAUAAGUCACCAUGAGAAGGCCAAGUGUGACACGUGGAGUGUAAACAGCGUAGGGAAAAUAGAGUGUGAAACAGCCGAGUCCACCGAAGACUGUAUUGCCAUGAUCGCGAAAGGAGAGGCUGAUGCCAUGAGCUUGGAUGGAGGCUUCAUCUACAUAGCAGGCCAGUGUGGUCUAGUGCCUGUCCUGGCAGAGAACUACAACAAUGAAGACCCUGAGUGUAGCAACAAGCCAGAGAAAGGGUAUCUUGCUGUGGCUGUGGUUAAAAAAUCAGCAGAUGAAUCCCUCACCUGGAACAAUCUGAAAGGCAGGAAGUCCUGCCACACUGCAGUAGAUAGAACUGCUGGCUGGAACAUCCCCAUGGGCCUGCUCUACAACAGGAUCAACAGCUGUGAAUUUGAUAAAAUUUUCGAACAGAGCUGUGCCCCUGGAUCUAUGCGAAAUUCCAGUCUCUGUGCUCUGUGUGUUGGCUCGGCAAAAAUUCCAGGAAAGGAGUGUAUUCCCAAUAGCCAUGAGAGAUACUAUGGUUACACGGGGGCUUUCAGGUGUCUGGUUGAGAAGGGAGAUGUGGCCUUUGUGAAAGACCAGACUGUCAAGGAGAACACUGGGGGAAAUAACAGUGAAGAUUGGGCUAAGGAUCUGAAGAUGGAAGACUUUAUGCUGCUGUGUCCUGAUGGCAGCAGGAAGACUGUGAAAGAGGCUGAAAAAUGCUUCCUAGCCCAUGCCCCGAAUCACGCUGUGGUCUCACGGAAAGAUAUGGCAGCUUGUGUUAGCAAAACAUUACUUGAUCAGCAGAAGUUGUUUGGAAAAACUGAAAAUGACUGCUCGAGCCAGUUCUGUAUGUUCCAAUCAGAAACCAAGGACCUUCUGUUCAAGGAUGACACAAAAUGUUUGGCCAAACUUCCGGAAGGCACAACAUAUAAAUCUUACUUAGGAGCAGAGUAUAUCACAGCUGUUGCUAACCUGAGACAGUGCUCCACCUCAAAACUCCUGGAGGCCUGUACUUUCCACAAAGAUUAAAAUUCAAGAGGUGGAGCCACACCAGAUGGAGAUGGGAGCUCAUGUGACCCAUAAGCUUCCCUUUAGGUCUCGCUAGCCUGAGUGGUUUGUUUGGCUUCACAGUUUGGCAGUGGUGCCUCUGCAGAACAUAAAAUAAAAAUUAUUAUGGUGUUA